AUGAACCUCCGAAAUAACCUGGUUCAGCGAGAAGUAUUCGUCUGCCGCUACAAUACGAGAAAUCCUCUCUAUAAUAUACUCUCCGACAUUUUCCAGCAAGAUGAAUUCCAUGAAUGGACUGAUGAAGAGCUUAAAGCUGCUCUAGAAGAACUUGAUUUACUAAUGAUUACUGCUAUGCUCCGAAAACGUUUGAACCUAACACGCGAUAGCCUAAAAGAACAUACACAAGCUGUAGAGGGUUAUUCAAACCCUUCAGCCUCCCUCAAAAGCAAUUUGCAAGCGAGAAGAGACUAUCCAGAUCCUCCAGUCUCUCCAGAGGACUGUUUCGCUACUCCCAAAGCCAAUCCCUCCAAUUCUUCCACCCCAGGAAUCAGUCACGUUCCUGAAGCUGACUAUCUCGCCCUCGAGACUAACCACGUUGCCCAAGAGAACAAUCAUCUACUUUCUAUGAGGCCCAAGAACGACCUUUCCAAGGAAAUUGCCUCAGUCACAAAGAUCUAUACAGAAGACCAGAAAUAUAGCGGUACGGACAACAAUAGCCUUGACUUCAAACUUAACAUCUUUUAUGACAUUUGCUCUAGAGCUGGCCUAUUACUACAUGGCUACAAAGCUGCAUUGCCAACAAUGCUUAAGGGAGUUGCUGAAGACCACUAUUACAGCAGUAAAUUAUCAUUAAAGAUAUUUCAAGAAGCAUGCUAUCACUUACGCCAGUUCUUUGAAGGACCUGAGUUCUACCGGCAGAACUUGACUAAGUGGAACGUUAUCUUACUGCAGAAGGUUAUAAAUGAUAACUCUGAAAGAUUAAUCUCAAUCUACCAAGGCUUUCAGCUCCUACUCAGUAACCUCCUAAAACAACGUUAUGGCCUCUACCCUGAACUCCGAAGCAACAUAAAUCUGAUUAACAAGCUUAUUACAGCUUGCCAGGGAGUACCAGCCUGCCGCAUAGCCAUUGCUGAUCUACCUGAAGACCUAGCAGUACUAAUUAACAAACUGCAAUCCUCAAUCAGUACUUGGGAGAAGGAGAACCCACAAAAACACGGAAUUUCGCACACAGAUACCCGAGAAGAAGCCUUCUACACUGAUAGAAGGUACUACAACCAGAACAGGAACUACAAUCAAGGCAAAAAGAGCCCAGCGGGCAAGUGUUAUAUCUAUUAA